GCUGGAUACCAGGCCGGCGCAUACGAAGCUUUGCCGCUCGCUGAAGCUCUGCCGAAAAAGGCCACAGAUUUGAUCGAUGACGUGCAAUUAGACCAAGCAGAACGAAAGCGCAUGGAACGCCGUGUGCAAUGGGUGCAGCGCGAGUUGCGCAUUGUCCUGAGGGUUUUCACAGGUAGGGGUCUGCAUGAGAUUCUAGAU